AUGUCCUCUCCCAUUCCCUCGUCAACUCCUGUCUCGGAGACCUCCAAUGGGUUGCCCUCCCGACCCCAGCCUAAGCUGUUCUCCAGCCAGGACGGGAGCUCCGGCACCGGCACCCCCAUCGGCUUCCAGCGCUAUCCGCACAACAAGCAUCUGGACCAUGUGGUGGGCAAUGCGCGCCAACCCUCGCCGCAGCCGACACAUUUGGGUAUCCCCGGCAGCCCGCACCACCGCGUGCUGUCCGAGGAGGACCCGGGCUACAUUGCGGCCAAGUUUGAGGGCAAACAGAAGCAGAUGGAGCAAGUGAUGGAUCAAUUGGAGGCGAAGGGCUUCUUUCCCAGUGACUUCGUCGUCUCCGAAACCACCUGGUUCUACAACAUGCUGGGGAUCGACGACACCUACUUCCAGACCGAGUCUGUGGACGCCAUUGUGACGCAGAUCCUCUCCCUCUAUGCUGCCAAGGUUGCCGCCUACGCUCGCGAUGACAAGAAGCUGGAGAUCCGGCUGGACAAGGAGGCCGAGGACCAUGCCGUCUACAUCGACACUAGCAAGCCCGGCAUCUCGUCCGUCGAUGGGCCGCGCUACGAGCAGCGCAUCGACGAGAAGUACAUCAACAACUCCAGUGGUGCGAACAGCUACCGUGUCGAGACCUUCCGCUCGCCCACCACCUUGCCGGGUGACAACGAGCAGCAGCUCCGCUGUUACUUUGUGUACAAGUGCCAAUUCGCCAACCCCAACCCGUCGCCGAACGAGACCAACAUCGACGUCAUUGGCGAGAAGCGCUUCCUGCAAAAGGCCACGCCCAACACCAAAGCCCUCUACCAGGAAAUCAUCACGACGGCCGUCAACCGCAAAGGUCCGGUCAUUGAAAUGUUCGAGAUCGAGGGCAGCCGUGAGAAGCGCCUGGUCAUGGCUUACCAGCAGGGCUCGGCCAUGGGUCUGUUCAGCGCGCUGUCGGAUCUGUACCACUACUACCGCCUGACCAGCUCGCGCAAGUACCUGGAGAACUUCUCCAACGGGAUUACCGUCAUUUCGCUCUACCUCCGUCCCUCCGACAAGGUUGAGAUUGCCACCAAGUACCCGCCCAUUGAGGCAGCCAUUCACCAGAUCAUGAAGGAGACUUCGCUUCUCUACUGCAUCCCGCAGAACCGAUUCCAGGGCCACUUUGCCACAGGGCGGCUCAGUUUGCAGGAAACCAUCUACGCUCACUGUGCGUGGGUGUUUGUGCAGCAGUUCUUGAACCGGUUGGGCUCGGAGUACAUUUCACUGUCGGCCCUUCUGGACAGCAACAACAGUGUCCACGCAGAGCUGCUGUCCAAGAUCAAGAAGCGUCUGCGUACCGAGACCUUCACGGCCGACUACAUCUUUGAGAUCAUCAACAAGUACCCCGAGUUGAUCCACAAGCUCUACUUGGAUUUCGCCAACACCCACUAUGUGCAGACCCAGGGUCCCACCGGGGAUGACUUCCUGCCCACGCUGAGUUACCUGCGUCUCCAGGUGGACGAGGUCCUGGAUGGAGCGAAGCUCAAGCAGCUGAUCCGGAGCACCGCAGUCAACGAGCACGACGAGAUGGUCAUGACCUCGUUCCGCGUGUUUAACUCGUCGAUCCUCAAGACCAACUUCUUCACUCCGACCAAGGUCGCCCUGAGCUUCCGCUUGAAGCCGGACUUCUUGCCGGAGCACGAAUACCCCCAGCCCCUGUACGGUAUGUUCCUGGUCAUCAGCUCUGAAUUCCGUGGAUUCCACUUGCGAUUCCGUGAUAUUGCCCGUGGAGGUAUCCGAAUCGUCAAAAGUCGGAACAAGGAGGCGUACAGCAUCAACGCUCGCUCGCUCUUCGAUGAGAACUACAACCUGGCCAACACGCAACAACGCAAGAACAAGGAUAUUCCCGAGGGCGGUGCCAAGGGUGUCAUCCUCUUGGAUGUGGAGCACCAGGACAAGGCGCAGGUCGCCUUCGAGAAGUACAUUGACAGUAUCCUCGAUCUGCUUCUGCCGCCGGUCAGCCCUGGAAUCAAGGACCCAAUUGUGGACCUGCACGGCAAGGAUGAGAUCCUCUUUAUGGGGCCGGACGAGAAUACCGCCGAACUCGUCAACUGGGCCACUGAGCACGCCCGCAGCCGUGGUGCCCCCUGGUGGAAGUCCUUCUUCACUGGCAAGAGCCCCAAGCUGGGUGGUAUCCCCCACGAUACCUACGGCAUGACCACCCUGUCGGUGCGCCAGUACGUGCUUGGCAUCUACCGUAAGCUGAACAUUGAUCCGUCCACCAUGCACAAGCUGCAGACCGGUGGUCCCGACGGUGACCUCGGAUCCAACGAGAUCCUGCUUUCCAACGAGAAGUACGCGGCCAUCGUGGAUGGUUCCGGUGUGAUUGUCGACCCGCAAGGUCUGAACCACGAGGAGUUGAUCCGCUUGGCCAAGAAGCGCUCCAUGAUUUCCGAGUUCGACCUGUCGAAGCUGUCGCCGGAAGGCUACCGUGUGCUGGUUGACGAGAAGAACGUCAAGCUGCCCAGUGGCGAGGUCAUCCACAACGGCAUGAUCUUCCGCAACACAUUCCACCUCCGCCACCACGAGAAGUUCGAUGUGUUCGUGCCCUGUGGUGGCCGACCCGAGUCCAUUGACCUUUCCACAGUCGGCAAGCUCAUCCAGGACAACAAGAGUGUCGUGCCCUACAUCGUGGAGGGUGCCAAUCUGUUUAUCACCCAGGACAGCAAGCUGCGCUUGGAGAAGGCUGGCUGCAUCUUGUUCAAGGACGCCUCGGCCAACAAGGGUGGUGUGACUUCCUCUUCGCUGGAGGUGCUGGCCUCGCUGUCCUUCAACGACUCCGAGUUCGUCGAGAACAUGUGCAUCCGCGAGGACGGUGCUGUCCCCGACUUCUACCAGGCCUACGUCAAAGAAGUGCAGGAAGUCAUCAAGCAGAAUGCCACCCUGGAGUUCGAAGCCAUCUGGCGCGAGCAUGAACAGACCGGUGUGCUGCGCAGCGUGCUGAGUGACCGCCUCAGUGUGGCUAUCACCAAGCUCGACGAGGAGCUCCAGCAGACCGAGCUCUGGGACAACGUUGCCUUGCGCCGUUCGGUUCUGGGUGAUGCCCUGCCUCGUCUGUUGUUGGACAAGAUUGGUCUUGACACUAUCUUGGAGCGUGUUCCGGAGAACUACCUGCGCGCCAUCUUUGGUAGCCACUUGGCCAGUCGCUUCGUGUACGAGUAUGGCAACAACCCGAGCCAAUUUUCCUUCUUUGACUUCAUGACCAAGCGCCUGUCCAAGAUCGGACAGUAG